AUGAUAUCUUUGAAGCAAAUUAAACUUCUCCAAUUCUCAUUUUUAUGUCUCUUAUCACUGACACUCCUGCUCCACAUCACCUUAUCCUACAUCCCAUUCGUAGCCGUCGUCCUCCGUCUCCUCUUAACUCACCUCCACCUCUCCAUAUUUCUCUCCAUUUGCAUGCUCCUCUCGAUCUUCUGCGGGCUCAAAACCCGCCCAAGCCCCGUCUUUCUCAUAAACUACGCGUGCUUUAAGCCGCCACCCCACCGGAAGUGCCUGUACGGGGUAGCUGAAUCCUUUUUACUUCGAAACCAACAUUUCACCCAAGAAACCAUUGAAUUCAUGCGUAAAAUCUACCUUAAAUCCGGCCUAGGUGACGAAACCUACGCACCCCCCUUCAUUUUCGAGGAAGAUACUACUCCCACGCUAAAAUGCGCCAUCCAAGAAGCUCAAGAAGGAAUUUUUUCUUCCAUAGAUGCACUUUUGUCUAAAACCCUAAUCGACCCUCUAUCCAUUGACAUCGUUAUUGUUACAUGCGGUAGCUUUUCACAUUCGCCUUCGCUUUCUUCUCUUAUUGUAAACCAUUAUAACCUCAAACCGGACGUGAAAACUUACAAUCUGAGUGGAAUGGGAUGCGGUUCUGGGGUUUUAUCCAUUGACUGUGCAGCUAGGGUUUUACGUGCCAGUGGAAAAGUCCAACAUGCCCUUGUGGUGAUCACCGAAAGCACAACUCUAAACUGGUACUCCGGUGACAAUCGUUCCAUGCUUGUUACAAACUGCAUCUUUCGCGUCGGAUGCACCGCCGCAAUGUUGACGAAUGACCGGAGUCGCCGCUCAGUUGCCAAGAUGGAACUUGUUGACAUGCUCCGAACUCACCACGGAGCCGAUGACCGGUCGUACCGGGCUGCAUUUCAGGAGGAGGAUGAUAAAGGGUAUACCGGAGUUGCACUUACAAAGGAUUUGGUAAGAGUGGCUGGGGUGAAUUUGAGGGAGCAUCUUACUAUUCUUGCACCGCGAGUUUUGCCACUGAGUCAACUCGUUCUUUACGCGUACUCGGUGGCCAUGGCAGCAUUGUCCCGUGGUGAGUCCAAACCAACUGUGCCUGAUUUUACAGCAGCAUUUGAGCAUAUGUGUAUUCAUACUGGGGGUAAAGCUGUAAUUGAACAAGUGGCGAGGGUUUUGAGAUUGAGAGGGGAGGUAACUGAGCCAGCUCGGAUGAGUUUGAACCGGUUUGGUAACACGUCUAGCAGUCUUGUGUUUUAUGAAUUGGCUUAUUUUGAAGCAAAAAAGAGAGUUAAAAAGGGGGACAAAAUGUGGAUGAUUGCAUUCGGGACUGGAUUCAAGAUUGGUAGCUUGGUUUGGAAGUGGUUGCAAAAUUCAGCUCAAGAAAAUGAUAAUCCAUGGAAUGACUGCAUACAGCGUUACCCUUUGGAUGCUUGGUAG